UGAUUUAACUUGCGUCUUUUAAAACGUAGAGAGAGGAAGAGAGAGAAAAUAAAAACAGAGUUGGUAUAGUACUGAAGGAUUCUCCAAAUUUGACCCCCCCGCCCCCCUUUUUUUUGGUAUUAUUGAUUGUUCAUUAUUGGUUUUGAAAGUUUCAACUAACCCCUCCUUUGUUUCCAUUUCUCUUUACCAAAUUCGGGAGAGUACGAUUCCAUUUCUUGCUUUUCUCUCACGCUAUCUCUUUCGCGAAGAUUCAGAAUAGAGUUUCUAGGGUUUUGAGGUAAUAUCUGCGAAAUUUUGGAAGCCAUGGAUGUUGCGUCGUGCUCCGGGGUUCUUUGCAAGACGAAGCUCGGCGGUUUGAAUCUACGAAAUUCAGAUCAUGUAUUUUCGACGUCUUGCUCGUAUACCAGAUCUUCUACCUCUGUCUCUUGCCAUUCAUCUAAGAAUUUACAAGUUGAUAAUGUAACGCCUCAGCCACUCGCACGGUCAAGUUCUAGCCCAAGUAGUAUGGGAAAAGACGUGCUUGGAUUAUCUAAGCAGUGUUUUCACAAGAGAAACACAGUAGAGAAAACAUUUUGUUCCGCGGGAGUUUGCAUUUAUGAUAACGGGAUUGCUGUAGAAUCUCAUUCACACGCUGUAGAAGAGAAAGUUGGUGUUCUACUUCUAAAUCUUGGAGGCCCCGAGACGCUUAAUGAUGUUCAGCCUUUUUUGUUCAACCUUUUUGCAGACCCGGAUAUUAUCCGUCUUCCAAGCUUGUUUCGGUUUCUCCAAAGGCCAUUGGCUAAGCUGAUUUCUGUUCUUCGAGCUCCCAAAAGUAAAGAAGGGUAUGCUGCUAUUGGAGGUGGUUCACCAUUGCGCAAAAUUACAGACGAGCAGGCUCAUGCGCUUAAGAUGGCUUUGGAAUCAAAGAACAUAUCUGCAAAUGUCUAUGUAGGAAUGCGCUACUGGUAUCCAUUCACUGAGGAGGCAAUUCAUCAAAUCAAGAGGGACAGGAUAACAAGACUUGUUGUGCUACCUCUAUAUCCUCAAUUCUCUAUUUCUACAACCGGAUCAAGUAUCCGUGUACUUAACAGUAUAUUCAGGAAUGACGCCCAUCUGUCGAGGCUGCCUGUUGCAGUUAUAAAAUCAUGGUAUCAAAGAGAAGGGUAUAUUAAGUCAAUGGCUGACUUGAUUGCGAAAGAACUAGAGACUUUUUCUGAGCCAGCAGAGGUCAUGAUAUUCUUCAGUGCCCACGGUGUCCCAGUCAGUUAUGUUGAGGAUGCAGGGGAUCCAUACAAAGAUCAGAUGGAGGAGUGUAUCUACCUAAUUAUGCAAGAACUAAAAACUAGAGGAAUUGACAACAAACAUACUCUCGCUUACCAGAGCAGAGUUGGUCCUGUACAAUGGCUGAAGCCCUACACCGAUGAAGUUCUUGUGGAACUUGGUCAGAACGGUGUGAAAAGUCUCCUAGCUGUUCCAAUCAGCUUUGUCAGUGAGCACAUUGAAACCCUUGAAGAGAUAGAUAUGGAAUAUAAGCACUUGGCUCUGGAAUCUGGAAUUGAGAAUUGGGGACGAGUCCCUGCCCUUGGUUGUACCUCUUCCUUUAUCACAGAUCUGGCGGAUGCAGUAAUUGAAGCCCUGCCAUUAGCAAGAGCCAUGUCAACCUCAUUGAGUACCUCCGAAGUAGUUGAUCAUGAUCCAGUGCGAGAUUUCAUUAAGCUGUUCUUUGGUUCCAUCCUUGCAUUUCUUUUGCUUUUUUCGCCAAGAAUGAUUUCGGCGUUCAGGAAUUACCUCUGUUGAAGAAAUACAAAUAUGGUAUAACCGAAUAUUUCACAUAGCUGCGAUUAUAUUAUAGAAUAAAAGACAAAACCAUACUGAGAAGAGGAUAUGUAUUCCGAUAUGCCAAGUUGUGUUUAGGUCUUUGUCAGAAUUGUGUAUUUGGUGAUCCUUGUAGUGGCUUUGCUACACGAAUCAAGGAUUUUAUCAUGAGCAUCUCAUUUGGAGUAUACAAAAGGGAUUGUUUUUGGCUGGAAUAUGA